AUGGCCUCCACCAUCCCCCUCAGCCCUGACUGGUGCCUCAACCACCCCAGCGAGCCUCACCUCUCCAGCCUCGCCGAGUACCACGCCCUCUACGCAGAAUCCAUCCAAUCCCCCUCGCACUUCUGGGCCAAGCUGGGAACCUUGGAAGCCCGCCAACUGCUCAGCUUCGAGCAGGACUUCCACACGCCACACAUCGGCUCCCUGGCCAGCGGCGACAGCGCCUGGUUCCUCGGCGGCAAGCUCAACGCCUCCUUCAACUGCGUCGACCGCCACGCUAUCGCCAACCCCGACCGCAUUGCCAUCAUCGCCGAGCCAGAUCACCCCGCCGAUGCCAGCCGCCAGGUCACGUACGGCGAGCUCCUGCGCCACGUCUGCCAGCUCGCGGCGUUCCUGCGCUCGCGCGGCGUCCACAAACGCGAUAUCGUCACCAUCUACAUGCCCAUGGUCCCCAAGGCUAUCUAUGCGCUCCUCGCCUGUGAUGCAAAGUCCACACUCGUGAUUAUAGUCGACGAGGCCCAGCGUGGGGGCAAGUCCAUACCCACCAAAGCCAUCGUUGAUGAAGCCGUGAGCGAGUGUCCAUGCGUCCAGACGGUCUUGACAUACAGGCGGACUGGGCCAGAGCCAGAGUCAGAGUCCAGCGGAACUGAGCCCCAGGCCCCGGCCCCAUGGACCUCAAGCAGAGGCUUCUGGUGGGACGAGGCCGUGCCCAAGUUCCCCGCGUACAUCCCGCCCGAGCCCAUGGACUCGGAGGACUACUUGUUCCUCCUGUAUACAUCUGGGUCAACGGGGAAGCCCAAGGGCGUCUUCCACAGCACGGCAGGGUACCUGGUCGGCGCGGCAGUGACGGCAAAGUACGUGCUUGACAUCCACCGGUUUUUCUGCGCCGGCGACAUCUGCUGGAUUACCGGGCACACGUAUGUGGUGUACGCGCCGCUGCUGCUUGGGUGCACGACCGUUGUGUUCGAGGGCACGCCCUCGCAUCCAACACCCACGCGGUAUUGGGAGGUGCUGGCCAAGCACGCGGCGACGCACUUCUACGCGGCGCCAACAGCCCUGCGGCUGCUGAAGCGCUGCGUGAGCAAGGCGGACAUCGUAGGGUUCCAGGAUGGGACGCGGCAGCUGCGUGUGCUGGGAUCGGUGGGCGAGCCCAUUGCGCCGGAGACCUGGCAGUGGUAUUUCGAUUCCAUCGGCAAUGCCCGUGCAUGCAUCACUGACGUGAGUCCCCGCCAAUGGAUUAUACCUGGUAUCCUGGCCUCUAACACCCACUGCCCGCGGCAGACAUACUGGCAGACGGAAACAGGCUCGCAUCUGAUCGCCGGCCUGGCCGGGGCAACGCCCAUGAAGCCCGGGAGCGCGGCGCUCCCAACCCUCGGCAUCGACCCCGUCCUCACCCUAUCGACCCCGUGA